AUGGUGAUAGGACCAGUCUUUAUCGGUGCCGAGCCAAACGUGGUGCGGAAGAUCAUUGACGAAGGCCUCGACAAGGGUCUCACGCUGUGCGCCAACGAGGGCCAGUUAGGCCUACAGCUGAUGCAGUCUCUACCCCCGAAGCUGCAACAGAAAGCUCAAGUAUACCCUACAAUGAAAGAUCCUGCAAUGCCAGAAGGCCGGUGGAACCCAGCCGACCAGAGACACAUGGCUGGAGCCUUCCAAGACAACCGCGUGAUUCCCUACGAAGGCGUUGUUGUUACGGACAUGUCCGAGGAGCAGCAGAUACUCGUCAUGGCUAUCGUGCAUGAGUUCUUGGCCCUAUGGCCUUCUGAGCCACUCCGUCACCGUUUGAAGCAGAUACUCAAGCACCUCACCGAAACGCACUUUUCUUGGAUUGGCGGGUUCGGAGAAGAUAAGCCUUUCUACUACCGGAUUCAAAGUCCGGUGGCACUUUUUGAGUUUGACCACCACUCGGGGGUCUUCCUGACCAACAAAGAGCCCGCCAAGUAUCACAUCCACACGAUCCAGAGACUUCCGAAUGGCAAUGAUUACGGGAGGGCACUGCGGGAACUGCUCCGAGCUCGAUAG